AUGCCAGCCGUUCACUUCGAACACUCUGUUGCUUCGAUCCGACCUUUGAAACACCAGACAGGUAAAGGCGUUGCGACCUCCGUGCCCCGCGCUGCUCUCGCUGUAUCAAACGUCAAGUCCAGUGUGUUCCUUCAUAAAAUUGCAUUUCAAUACUACCCUCUUGAUUUGAACGCAACCUCAAAUCCGUUCCUCAUCUCUUGGUGGCCAUUAGCUCUAGGUGACCCGGCAUUAUUCCAUGUUUCGCUGCAGACGGCAUGUCUCGACGAGGAACUCCUUGCCCAAAAGGGCUUCCAGUCUUCCGAAGUACUCAUGGCAGACUCAGUGACCCUGCUGCGAUCUAAAAUUGAGGACAUAUCCCUUGCCGUUCAAGACGGGACCAUGAACUCUGUUAUCACUUUGGCAACGAUCGAAUUUGGGAAAGGAAACACUGAAAUAAGCGAAAUGCACGUGAAUGGAGUGAGGAGAUUGGUGAAUAUGAGAGGUGGUAUUAACUCGGUGAGACAAACCAGUCCACUGACAGCGCGAAUGAUUUGUUGGGUAUCCAUGUUGAUAAUGGGUCAUCCGCAAUUCGAGACCCAGGAUGACACCGGCAUCGGAGAUGGUAUACCCCCCAUCCCCGAAUGGCAAUUAAGCUCGACCGCUCUAUCCGAGAAUCUAUAUGAUGUUAGCAACCUUGAGCUUGAGGAUGAAGUGACAAAUGUCUUUAUCCGUCUUCGAAAUGUCUUUCAGUUUGCUCAAAAGAUAUCCAUUCCAAGCACCAGGCUUCACGACCUCACCUGUUUCGUCGUACACCGACUGUUGCUGUCAGCACCGGGAGCGGAAAGCAUCAUGCUAUCACCCAUGACGGAAUGCAUUCGCUACGCCAUGAUACUUUAUAUGUUUCUCAUCCAAGGACCGACAUAUUACUCGCAUGCAGUAUUCAUGAACAUGACUGUCACUCGACUGAUUCGGCAUCUCAAUCAGCUCGAAUCGACACGUAGGGUAUAUGACUCGCUCGACAUCUGGAUGUUUUCGAUCGGAAUGGUUGCAUCAACGGGCACACCAAACUAUUCAUGGUUCAAAGAGCGAGCGCGGAGGUCGAGCCUUUCUCUACAGCUGGAUAGUUGUGAUGCAAUUCUCUUCCACGUAAGGAGAGUCCUUUGGCUGGAGAUGCUGCAAGGCGAGAAUGUGUUUCAACCUCACUGGGGCACGAUCUUUGGUGGUAAAAGUCCGCUCGAGUUGCCCGCCUAUGCAAUUUGUGCCUCGUCCAGCCGCGCUUUACCGGGCUGA